UCACGUGACCGCCUCCUAGCUGCAACUUUUCUGAAAUGAGGCGCUUUAUUUGGAUUUUCACGGUAUUUGCAGCUGAACAUCGACCUUAAAUGUUGUUGUGUGUCGGGAUUACACCCGGACGCUGUUGUUGACGGUGUUUUCACUGAGCUGGAUGUGUUACAACAGCUGGUGUUUGAGCUGCAGCUGAUUGUCUUUAUGUUGGCCUGAAAACACCUGGAAGCUUCUCUUUGUCUGUGGAGGAGCAGCAGAGGAAACACAUCAGGAUCUGUGAGCAGUGGUCUGGGAAUAAUCUGAGCUGAGCUGACUGUCGUGGGACGGGGGUCCGUGAGUCUUUGUUCUACCUGUGAACAUGAAGGCAGACAUACCUUACAACCAGCUGCUGGACAUGGAGUGGAGGAGGCCGGAGACCAACAGGAGAGCGCAGGCGUGCGCCAGGGGUCUGCUGGCUCUGGCCUCCCUGGCGUGUCUGCUUCUUGUUGCCGUGGCGCUCUAUAACCUCCUGACCCCAGCAGACUCCUCCCAUCGCCACCCCGACCCUCCUCGACUCAGCGUUUCUCUUGCUGGCGAAAAGGCCGAGUCCUGCUCAGACCCCUGCAGGCUUGUUCUGGUGGAGAGCAUCCCCGAGGGGAUGGAGUUUAACUCCAGCGUGGGGCACCCCUCCAUCUUCCAGGAGUGGAUCAGUCUGAUGAGCGAGGCGCGCAGCAGCGUCGACAUCGCCUCCUUCUACUGGACGCUCACCAACAAGGACACCGGCUCUCAGGAGCCCACGGCCAAUCAGGGUGAGGAAGUUCUGAGCAGACUGGCUGAAUUAUCAGGGAAGUUAAAAGUUCGUAUUGCAGUGAACGCACCGCAGGGUCAAUCCCAAGACGACCUCAGACUGCUCAGCGACUCAGGAGCCGACAUCAGGACCGUAAACAUGAGAGAGCUCACCUCAGGGGUUCUUCACACCAAGUUCUGGGUCGUAGACAAGAAACACAUUUACAUCGGCAGCGCCAACAUGGACUGGAGGUCCCUCACACAGGUGAAGGAGCUCGGCGCCGUCGUCUACAACUGCAGCUGCCUGGCUGCAGACCUGGAGAAGAUCUUUGAAGCUUAUUGGUUCGUGGGGGCCAAUCAGUCGAUCCCGUCACCGUGGCCGUCCAGCUUCUCCACCCUGUACAACAAAGACACGCCCCUCCAGCUGCCGCUCAACCACACGCCCUCCAGCGUUUAUCUAUCAAGCUCCCCUCCAUCCUUCUGCGCAGCCGGCAGAACUCCAGACCUCCAGUCCGUCCUCAGCGUGAUCGACGACGCCGAGCGGUUCAUCUACAUCGCUGUCAUGAACUACCUGCCCACCAUGGAGUUCUCGCAUCCUAAAAGGUACUGGGCAGAGAUCGACACCCAGCUCAGACGGAAGGCGUACGAGCAGCGAGUGGCCGUGCGCCUGCUGAUCAGCUGCUGGAACAACACUCAGCCCGUCAUGUUCCCCUUCCUGAAGUCUCUGGCUUCGGUUUAUGAACCCAAACACCAGCUGGACAUCCAGGUGAGGCUGUUUGUGGUGCCCUCCAACCCGAGGCAGAAGAAGAUCCCCUUUGCCAGAGUGAACCACAACAAGUACAUGGUGACGGACAAGGUGGCGUACAUCGGGACGUCUAACUGGUCGGGGGAUUACUUUGUGAACACGGCCGGUUCGGCGCUGGUGGUGAACCAGACGGAGUCUGGGUCCCAGAGGCCGACGGUCCAAUCCCAGCUGAAGGCCGUCUUCGACAGGGACUGGUAUUCAGACUACAGCUCUCCUCUCACCCCGGAUUCAGAGCUGAAAGACUUCUGCUAACUUUAGCUUUGCUGUUUGUGGACACGAGCGGAACCAAUCGUGUAAUCAGAACCUUUCUGUUCUGUGGUUCCUGUAACUGAACUGGAUUCUUCUGUUUCCUGCUCAUAAACUGAUCAUCAAACAGACAUUUAAAGUUCCUGCUUCAGUGGGAGGUUUACGUUCAGCUCAGGGACAAAACUAUGAAAUGUCUUUUAUUGUUUAAAAAUCAACAUAAGUUUAGGGAAAAUCUGAAAAUCAGAGAGGCGGGUCCGUUUAGUUUGUAGCAGCAGCUCCUUUUAUUUUAUUUUAAGAAUAGUGUUAAAAUAUUGACUCUUUCACCCAGGAUCCCCUUUUCUUCGGGUCUCGUUUCAACGCUAAGUGAAUUGAUAAUGAGCGUGCUGUGCUUUAUUCUGAGGGUGAGAUUUUAAAAGCAAACUUGAGAUAUUGGAGCUUUUUUUGUUUUUAAACUCCUUGUUGUUUGCGGAGUGAUCAGAGGAUUGCAGCGCGGUACAAAGAGUUAAUGUUGAUUUCCACUACUCAGGAUGAUUGAAACCACUAAUUAGUGCCGAGGACGUUUACCUGCAGGUUAACACUCAACUGAAACUACUGGAGCAGAUGUGCUCAUGCAAUAAUGGAUUGUUUUCAAUAAAGAGUUUUAAACAAACA